CGGCGGCCGUAGACGACGUCGAGGGCGCCGAGCUGUCGCCCCCGCGCUGCGAAUGGGAGUUCCGGCUCGCGGCCACCGUGCCGUCCCCGUCGCUGGCCGGCGCGUCCGAAGCCAUCGGCAGCGUCGACUUCGACCCCGCCGGCCGCCUCCUCGCCACGGGCGGCAUCGCGCGCAAGGUCCGGAUAUACGGCGUCGCCAGCCUGCCGUCGUCGCCUAGCCCCGCCGCGUGCAUCUGCGUGCCGGCCAAGCUCAGCAGCGUGCGGUGGCGCCCCGAGGAGGGGGGCGGCCGCGCGGUGGGCUGCGGCGACUACGACGGCGUCGUGACGGAGUACGACGUGGAGCGCGGCGUCGCGGCGUGGGAGCGCGACGAGCACUCCGGGAGGCGGGUGUGGGCGCUCGACUACGCGCCCCGAGGCGGUCACACGUCCAUGACGGCGUCCGGCUCGGACGACCGGACGGCGCACGUCUGGGACCCGCGCGCCCCCUCGGGGUCGUGGGCCACGGCGCGGGCCGGCGGCGCGGUGCUGUGCGUGGAGUUCGACCCGUCCGGCGGGCCGCAGCUGGCGGUGGGCUCGGCGGACCGGCGCGCGGCCGUGUACGACGUGCGCGCGCUGGGCCACGGCGCGGUGGCGUCCAUGGACGGGCACGCGCGCGCCGUGACGUACGUGCGGUGGGCGCCGGCGCGGCGGGUGGUGACGUCGGCCGCAGACGGGACGCACCGACUGUGGGAGUGGCCGUCGACGCCGGAGCUAUCGGGGCCGGCGCGGGAGGUGCGGUCGUACAGCGGCCACGUCAGCGGGCGGAGCUUCGUGGGGAUGGGGCUGUGGCGCGGCGCCGGGCUGGUGGCCAGCGGGUCCGAGUCCAACCACGUCUUCGUCUACGACCUCAGGUGGGGCAAGCCUGUCUGGGUGCACCCCUUCGACGUCGCCUCCGACAGCUCCUCCGACGCCGAAGGGUUUGUCAGCGCCGUGACCUGGCUGCAGGGUGAUGCCGACGGCGGCGGGGCGCUCGUCGCCGGCAGGUCGGACGGCGUGCUGAAGAUGUUCACGUGCCAACCACGCCGGGGAGAUGACCACCAGGUGGACGACCUAUAGCGGCCACACUCUCUGCUGCCCAUUCUGAGCCAGUGUGCGUGUGAGAGAGAUUAAUUCUUGCGUUUCAAUUAUGAUUAUUAUACUUGUUUUUCUUUUGUUGCGCACAAAAAAACAAACUUGCUAGAGCACAGGGGAUAUGAUUCUUUCCCUUUUUCUUUUUCUUUAUGU